AGGAGUGCGUUCGUGGCUCGUGGCGUCGAUUACGUCUUUUUGCUGUGACGAAUGCCGGCGGUGUCAGGCUUUUAUCGUUUUGAUUAAUUAUUUUAUAUUUAGGAAGUUGAAUUCUUGAAUGUCUUCCAAAUCGAAACAGCUAAACACCAAGACAACACCAAGGAUGUCGCCCGUGGAGGACCGCGAGAAGACCGUGCUCCGGCAGUGCCUGCAGGCUCGAUCCCAGCUGGAGACCGCCAUCGCCGGGGUGACCCGCGCAGAGGCCGCCCUGAGGGACAACUCCAGAGAGGUGAAGUCCCAGCUCCACAGCUGCAUCAGCAGGCACCUGGAGUUCCUGCGCUCCCGCGAGGUCUGGCUGCUGGAGCAGCUCGACAUCGUGCAGCAGCUGAAGGAGGAGGCUCUGCACCAGCAGCUGCAGCAGCUCCACUUGCUGCGCGGUCAGUUCGACAUCCUCGUUCACCAGCUGGAGAACUCCAACAGCCACGACCUGGCCAAUCAGCUCACCGGCUGCCUGGAGAAGCUGUCCUGUCUGAACCUCAAACCCGAGGAGACCCCCGAGAUGAGCUUCCAGGCCGACCUGCGCUCCCUCCGGCAGGCCAUCACCUCGUUUGGGACCAUCGCCACGCAGAUGGAGGUGGCCCCGAGCAGCCCUUUGAAGAGCGCCGCCUCGGAGAGGUCCUGGCUGCAGCAGAGCUGUCCAAUCGCGGCUAAGAAACAGAGGGUGGAGCCAGAGAGGAUGACGGCACUGGCCGAUUGGCUCCUCGGGAGCCAGCCAGCUUCCAGCGGCCCGGUUGGAUACCAGUCCAGCAAGAACCCUCAGGAUUGGCUGGUCAGUUCUGGGGAGAGGAUCCAGGAGAGUCGUCCUCUGGCACCCUUCGAUUUCCACAAGGCCUGGGGCCAGCUGAGGGACCUGGACGCGUGGCUGGUGGGCGAGAAGACCCCCGCCAGGGAGAGGACCAUGAGCAACGCCAGCACCACCUCCACCUUCUCCAUCGAGAAGAUCGACGAGUCCGAGUUCCUCCUCAGCGCCGAAGAUGAGGAGGAGGAGGACAAGCUGGAGGAGGAAAAAGGGAUGGAGGAGGAGGAGGCGGCGCCCGAGCCGGAGGAGCUGAUCGGCUGGCUCGUGACCCCGCCCCCCGGCGGCAAGUGCGAGCGCGAGCGCGGCGACGCCGAGCGGCGGACGCGGGCGUUCCCCCCCUUCCAGCAGGGCUUCCGCUCCAGCGACUGGCUGAGCAAGUCCGACUGCGGGUCCUGCUGCGCCACCCGCGUCAAGGCCGUGGAGAUCGAGAACCUGGGCCUGCUCAUGUGCCUGAAGCAGAGCCCCGCCGCCUCGCCCGCCGCCGCCCCCGCCCCCACCCUGGAGGCGUGGCUGGCCCGGGCCCCGCCCUCGGCCCUGCCCGUCACCGUGGAGCAGGUGUGCAAGGCCAACGAGCCGUGCGGGAGCUUCGCGCAGUGCGUGUGCGACGAGAACUGCGGGCGCGAGGCGCUGGCCGCCUGGCUCUUCAGGCAGGAGGGCCGCGACAAGAACGGCGUGUCCGUGGGGAAGGCCGUGGGGAAGGCCGUCGGGAAGGCCCAGCAGCAGCAGCAGCAGGUGGAGGUGGAGGCCUGGCUGCACCCCAGCCGCGGCGGCUCGCCCGCGCCCUCCGCCCGCGGCGAGGAGAAGGCCAGCCGCGAGGAGUCCAGCUCCCGGCCGGAGAACCCCUUCCACGGGCCGCUGCGGCCUGAGAGCUGGCUGCUUCCCGCCAAAACGCACGCCCCCCCCGCCGUCACGCCGGCCCCCACGGACGCGGAGGAGGACAAGUGGCUGCUGCGGAAGAGAGCCCAGGCUCAGGAGCGGUACGGCCUUCCCACAGUGUGCGACCUGUUCACCUGCAUGAAGCUGGGCGGAGACACAGAGAAGUGGCUACACAGAGCUCCUCUACAGAUGUGAAUACUGCAGUAAUUAGCUAUUGAAGAUUUGAGGAGGAGCCACUGAAUCGCUGAUCGCCGCACACUCCUCCGAUUGCCUUUCGUCGCUGCGCUUUGGGGACCGGAGCUCUGCAGCCUUGUCUCUCUCUCUCUCUCUCUCUCUCUCUCUCUCUCUCUGUGUCUGGGUAGCAGGACCUUUCUCUCUGGGCUGGGGUCUUAGGUGUGGGGGCGCGCGCAGAGCGGGGUCCCCGUGACUCAUUAAUCCGAUCCAGCGAGCGCUCUGGCAUUGUGGGGGAACGCAGCAAAACAACCCUCUUUAAAAAUGACGGGGGGGGUGGGGGGUUAGGGUCCCAAAAGCCCGCCCCCGCAGCCACACACGGAGGUGGAAUCCUUUGGCCCCAUUUCUCAGCGAUCUUAAAUAACGAUGCGACGUUCUCACGAAGCUCGAAAGAUCUGCAAAGGAUCUCCUCUUCGCUGGAUCGGAUUACUGCACACGUGCGGCCAAGCUCUCGAGAAUCUGCUUGGGGGAAAUAAAGAUUUGCAUAAGGGGGAAAUAAAUUUGAAUAAUAUUUUAUUCGAUCAUCUUAAAAAGGCUUGUUGGGAAUGGAAUACAGUACAAUUGUGUGCGUUUCUUUUAAUGAACAAUCUUUUAAAUCGUUUUUAUUAUUCGAAAUGUAAGGAAACUCGAUUCUUAUUUUAAAUUAGUUUUUUUCUUUUCUGUCCUGAAUUUGGUGCAGAUGGAAACGCAGGCUGAGACGCUGAUUGGUUUUAGUUUAAUUGGUUUAAGAAUACCAGUGUCCUUUUAAUGUUUUUCCCUAAAUCAGCUCAAAGCAUUAAAUGGAUUUAAGAACGAAGAGGACAAUUGUUGCUCUUACUGUGAGAGAUUGCUGUGCAGGAGUCUGUUCCCCUUAAAUGAUCAUAUCAUACAUAUAUAUAGAACAAAGGCUAAAUUGUGGUGCGCAAAAGCACAACGCCUUCAGCGCCUCAUCAUUAAAUGAAUUUCUAACGCCAACAAUUAACCACCAGAAUAUAACUUUUUUUUUUUUUUUUUGCUAAAUGCUUCUGUGUGUAUGUCUCCAUGUAGCCGGUAAACUUGUCUGAGUGUUCGAAUACAUGUCUGCGUACGACCGGGGGGAGAGGGGAUGCAGGACUUGUCUGUAACAAGUUCAUCAUUUAUUUUGAGACUGCCAUGAUCAGUGUAGUAGCAGUAGCUUCCUGAUCCAGCUAAAUGGUGCUAUGGUGGAAUGUUAAAGCCCUUUCAUUCCCCUCUGUUUGGUCCUAAAGCCAGUGCCAUCCUGAACCACUGAGUCUCUGUACCGUUUGGGAGCGGGUCCCUUGGCCUGUUUAAGGCCGCAUUGACCCAAGGGUGCUGAGUUGGUCGUGGGAAGUCAUGUCGCCAUGGCGAUGUGUCUUGUUCAGCCUGGGCAUUCCUCCCCUCUUCCUCCCCGCACUUCUGUGUACUUCUUAGCGAGCCACGCCUCCGCGCUACCUCGAGGCGACAUAUACUGAGUGCUUUGAGCAUCCUUAACGUUAGGUAGAGGUCUUCACCUCAUUGUUAUACGUCCUCCUUACCACUCAUGUGAUGUGUGUGUAACAUAUUUAACUCCUAAUAAAACAAAGGGGAAAAAAAUCCAGAA